AUGCAACUUGUCAAAGAAUUUUCUAAGCUUAUGCAGGGAGAGUUUGAAAUGAGCCUUAUGGAAGAGUUAAAUUACUUCCUAAGUCCUCAAAUCAAACAACUAAAUGAGGGCACAUUUGUUUGUCAAAACAAGUAUUGCAAGAACUUGCUAAAGAGAUUUGGCAUGGUUGAUGCAAAGUCGAUUCACACUCUGAUGGCUACGAACGAUAACUUGGAAAGAAACAAAAAUGGUAAGGAUAUGGAAGUUAAGAAAUAUAGAGGUAUGAUAGGUUAUCUUCUAUAUCUCACUGCAUAUAGGCCAUAUAUCAUGUUUAGUGUCUGGAUGUGUGCCCGAUAUCAAUCGGCCCGUAAGGAAUGCCACCUCAAAGUCGUCAGACGAAUUUUUAGGUAUCUUCAUGGUACUUCGAAUUAUGGGAUUUGGUAUUCCAAAGGGAGUGAUUGUAGCUUAGUUGGUUAUACCAAUUCCGAUUUUUCUGGAUGCAAGUCGGAUAGGAAAAGCACUAAUGGGACUUGUUACAUAUUUUCAAAUUCCUUAGUUAGUUGGCAUAGCAAGAAACAAGUUUAUGUUGCUUUGUCAACUGCCGAGGCGGAAUACGUAGUGGCCAAUAGUUGUUGUGCUUAA